GUGAGCAACAUUGCGAACUACCGGACAGAUUGCCAUCGGUCGCUUCUCGGAACUUGUGUCUUUUGCUUUGAGGAUAUCUGUGCUGGGUUCUAUCCCGCGCACUGUCCUUUCUCUCUCCCACCCUCACACCCCUCUCUCACUCUUCAUGCUGUCUAUCUCCUACCUGUACCCCUCAGCUCGGAGUCUCUCAGUUCCAGUGACUCAGUCACAGCGCACAGUGCACGGAGCCCAAGAGUCCAACACCGAACCCAGCCGUUUUCAGUCCUGCGCAAGGCAGCGAGAAGCUCAGCCCUGGAUUCAAUACUUUUAAUCAAUGGACAGAGCCCUCUCAACGGCCAACAGAGGUACCGACACGCCAUAAGCAGUCCAUAUCCUCUGGCUGGUGUUCCCCCUGUGGUGUGGAGGGGGAUGGAGCGAUGUGGAGGAGAGAGCCCUCAUUUGCGGGAGAGCCCAGAGCGACGCGGGAGCAGCAGUCCUGAUAUUGGUGGUCCCCCACAAAAAAUAGGCCGUCUGGAACUUAACGGCAGUCCAACCGGACACCACAGUCGCCACAACGGGGCCCAUCAAAGACCCCUCGGAGGUCUGAUGAUUCCAGUCUUCUGUGUUGUGGAGCAGGUGGAUGGAGGGAUGAUAUCAGAAGGAGAAAGCCGUGAGGAACAUGCAGAGUUUGUGCUGGUCAGGAAGGACAUCCUUUUCACUCAGCUGGUUGAGACGGCACUUCUAGCCCUGGGCUACUCCCACAGUUCUGCAGCCCAGGCACAUGGCAUCAUUAAGGUAGGCCGUUGGAACCCAUUGCCCAUCCAUUGCCUGACAGAUGCUCCAGAGGCAACAGUCGCUGAUAUGUUGCUGGACGUUUAUCACAUGGUCACGCUCCGCAUCCAGCUGCAGAGCUUUGCCAAGCUGGAGGACCUCCCAUCAGAGCAAUGGAACCACGCAACAGUGCGCAACGCCCUCAAAGAACUGCUGAAAGAGAUGAACCAGAGCACCUUGGCUAAAGAAUGUCCACUCUCCCAGAGUAUGAUCUCCUCUAUAGUGAAUAGUUCCUACUAUGCUAAUGUCUCAACUUCCAAGUGCCAAGAGUUUGGUCGCUGGUACAAGAAGUACAAAAAGAUUAAAGGGGAUUAUUUGUGGCAAGGCCGGGAGAGUUCUGAAAUCAAGGUUGAAAGAGACAGUCUCGCUGACUUCUGUAUAUCAGCACAGCGUCCACCGCCUCACUUGGCUGGACUUGUACAACUUGGUCCAUUUAACAGUGCUGGAUCUCUGUUGAAAGGUGGCUCUGGAGAACCUCAGAAUUCUGCCCAGUCUCAGCCUCCAACACAAGGGCAGCCACAAACCCCAUCAUCUCAUGGACAGCUCCAUCACAGUCCGCCACUACGAGCACAGGGGCCUCCUCCACCUCCGCCUGCUGCCCUGCAACCUCUUCUGGCACCAGGGGGACUUCUCUCACCCCAACUCAGCCCACAGCUGGUAAGACAGCAGUUAGCCAUGGCUCAUCUUAUCAACCAGCAGCUGGCCGUCAGCCGCCUGCUGCAUCAGCACCCACAGGCUCUUAACCAGCAGUUUCUCAAUCACCCACCUAUACCUCGGCCUAGCAAGUCAGGUGGCCCUGGAGAGCCUGGAUCCAACCCCUCAGCAGCAGAAGUAUCCUUUGAUAUAUACCAGCAUGUGCGAGAUGAGCUGAAAAGGGCCAGUGUCUCACAGGCAGUGUUCGCUCGAGUUGCCUUCAACCGUACACAGGGCCUGUUGUCGGAGAUCUUGCGGAAAGAGGAGGACCCUCGCUCAGCCUCUCAGUCCUUGCUGGUUAACCUCAAAGCUAUGCAGAACUUUCUCAACUUAACUGAGAGUGAGAGGGACCGCAUUUACCAGGAAGAGCGAGAACGCAGCAUGAACCCUCCUGUGGGUCUGCCCCCAAGCACAAAUCCCAGUCCUGGGGGCCCCCGCCUCUCUCAGAAAGUGUGGGAGCGCAGCAUUGAUGAACAGUUAACCCCUGACGCAUGGGCAUCUAUUUGGAAGAAUAAGACCAAAAUCACAAACUUGUCCAAGGCUUCUGGUCCUAACCCUGACCUUCCCCUGAAACUGGAGUCACUAGUUAACAUCACUUCAGGCAUCUAUGAUGAAAUCCAGCAGGAGAUGAAACGGGCAAAAGUGUCUCAGGCAUUGUUUGCCAAGGUUGCAGCCAACAAGAGCCAAGGAUGGCUGUGUGAGUUGCUUCGCUGGAAAGAGAGCCCCAGCCCGGAGAACCGGACUCUCUGGGAAAACCUUUGUACUAUCCGGAGGUUUUUAAGCCUACCGCAGGGUGACAGGGACCUGGUGUAUGAGGAAGAGUCUCGCCAUCACCACAGCGAACGGCUGCACACUGUACUACACUUGCCCUCUGAACCUCAAGUACUUCACAGACAACCUCUGCAGCCGCUGAAGGACCACUCUCCAAUCCGAGAAGACCCCGUGCCCAGUUCUGGAGCAGAAGAGAACCUUCAGGGUAGUGCAGGUUCAGGAAACAAUGGAGGGGUUAGCAGUGUUAACAAGAAGCCUCGCUCUCGUACCAAGAUAUCACUUGAGGCUCUGGGCAUCUUACAGAGCUUUAUCCAAGAUGUGGGCCUCUACCCUGACCAAGAAGCAAUCCACACACUUUCAGCCCAGUUGGAUCUGCCCAAACACACCAUUGUGAAGUUCUUCCAGAACCAGCGCUAUCAUGUCAAGCAUCAUGGUCGGCUGAAGGAGCUGGGAGCUGAAGGCAGUGGAGUAGAUGUGGCCGAAUAUCAUGAUGAAGAGCUGCUCUCCAGUUCAGAGGAUGCAGAAUCCAGUGAAGAUGGCCACGAGGAGAUCUACAGCAGCCAUGACAGUGUAUCAGCCGGAGCAGCCAACUCUGCGUCAAAUCCAGCUCCAUCUUCUGGCCAAGAUGAGAGUAAAGACAAAGUGCUGCCUCUGGGGACAGCCAGGCCCAACUCCCUGCCCCCAUGUGGUUCAUCCCCCAGUCCCCGAGAUCAAGUAGAAUAUCAGAGAUAAAAGAGCCUCAGCAGAGACAAUAGGUGGUGAAGGGUAGGAGUGAGCACUUACAACUAUUCUGUAGAGGAGGAGAGUGUGUAUCGGACAGUUUAGAAACUUACUGACAAAGUGACACAGUGUUCUAUGAGGACCUGUAAACCAUACCAGACAAGAAUAUUUUUUAAGGUGGCACACAGUGUUGCUGUAGAAAAAUGGUGUGAUGAAUUAUCCAAUCAUACUAGGAGUAGAUCACAAGUUACUAAUGAGAAUUUUGUGGUCCAAAAGAUGUCCUGAUAGAGUACUACAAGGAAAGAAUUUAAUUAGUUGGAAAAUGAUCAUUUCCUAGUUAGAAAAUUUACUGUGAAGGCAGGGUAUUAAUAUCAAGUUUUAGGAAAGCAAUCAAACUAGCAUGCUAAGACUGUCAAGGUGGACAGUCUUUCAUUAAGUUCUUAAAGAAAAAAAAAAUAGUUUUCAGAACCAGACACAAAAUUCUUCAUAAUCUGACAUGGAGACCAGAGGGUCUCUUUUACAAGAUACCACUAUCCAUGCUCCUCUUUGCCUCUACAGGGCUUAAGACAGGGACAGAGCUUUAAAUGAGCCAUGGCUCUCCAUUAGGACACCAAUAGCUUCACUUCUGCCUGAUUAUGGAGCUUAGUGGGUGGCUGUAGAUUUAUUCAUCUUCCCCUCCAUGACGGGGCAUUAUGGCUGUAUCCUAGUGGGGGCUGUGCUUGACUGCUAAAGUGGUUGGUUGGGUUGGAGGUACAGAUGAGAUCUUGGGUGUACACAUCAACCCAGCCUAUGGACCCUAAUAUAAACACAUGCAGUUUGCUGAAAUGUCCACUUUUAGCCCAAUAUUGCUUUUGAAGAUUGCACCAUCCCUCCCACAACAAGCUACAUCAUUCCAAGCAGUCCCACAUGGUUAAAGAACACCCAACAAUGACUUCCGAUCUGUCACUCAAGUCCAAUGGUUGAGCUUUACACAAUUAUGUUUUGAUCAGAGUUUUGACCUAGUUGUGCUCUUUCAGCAUUUAAAAAGACAGUGAGAAUAAAACAGCAGGAGGACUGACUGCUAUGGACAGAGUAAAGGACAAUUUUGAAUUAACUGCAUCAGCCUACCUCUGACCUAGUGGAAAAUCGCAAACAAUUUCCAGCAACUGUCAACAAUCAGGCACUUGUGUGAAAGUGUGGUAGUCUUUCUCUCUUCCAUCGCCUGGCAUUCCUUUCUCGAACUGACUGGUGCCCACAAUGGCCUGAUUUGACCGUACCUACCCACACCCAACUCCACAGCACUAUUUAUUGCUAUCUUCACCCAUAAUUAUUAUUGUUGUUAUUGUUAUUAUUGUUGUUAUGGUGGUUCUUGCUGUUAUUUUUAGUUCUGUUUUCAUGCUCUAAUAUCGGCGUUUGGCUUGCAAGUUAUUUUAAUAAUGAGAGACAUUGUGAAAGAAAGGAACACUGCCAGAACAGAGCAGAAAGAAUGAAAAGCAGUUACUGAAGUUACUGAGUGAAUAAUGUGAUAUAUGCUGCCAGUUCUAUUAACAUUACAUACUUUUCCAAAGAGAACAGCACUUGGCAGAUGAGAAGAUGAAUAUUAAAACAUGAGAAAAAAAUAAUGAUCAGUGAAAUUUCUAUGAUCUUUUUGUGCAUAAAAUGUCAAUAAGAAUGCGGUAAGCAUGAACUCCAAAUUCUGAUUGAAACGAUAAUUAACAUAAUAUGACUUGUGGCAACAUGACCACCUAUUGCAAAACAUCCAUGACACCAUGGUAACACUUGGAUGCAGUUGCUUUUGAGAAUCAGCUGCUACCUGCUAUUUCAUGGAUAAUAAAAAAAAACUGUCAUUAACUGAACUAUUUUUUAUUUCAAACAAGUAAUAACUGUGUUCUAUGUCCAUGUUUUGUCUAUUACAAAUGGAUAUGUUUUAUUUAGUCUUUAAUGUGCAAAAUGAUGUGGUUCUUUAAUUACUUUGAGCACCCUGAAUCCUUCACAUAGACAGUGUCCACAGAGAAUUACUUUAAAAGGGGUAUCCACAUAAUAUUCUCAAAGAGUAAUUGAAGAUUGCAUCCCAAUUACAAUAAUAAACUCCUCACUCUUGUUGUCAAUGGGGUUGUUUUGUAAGUAUAUAGUAUUAACCUGCUCUCCUCCAGAGCACAAAUCCUUUGUACAUGAAUAUUCAUUAUCUGGCGCUUAGCAGAGGCCAACCUGUGUGACUGUGACCAGGCUGCCUCUCUCACCUCUAUUCAAUUAAAGGCCAGUGUAAAGUCUCAAGGACUGGAGCUCUUUAAUAAGGCAUGCAAGAGUGACUAAUUCACAUGAAAGUGCUGGUGCUAACAGGGCAGUCAAGCUGUCAUACAUAAGCCUGCUGCAUUUCAUAGCCAGCAAGCAAUGACACCUAGUAAGCCUUAGACUAGUAUGCUGUUCUCUGCUGCUCACCACUCCAGAGAGAUUACAUUUUUCCAUAAAUUAUCUGUCCAAUUCACCCAAAUGUAUCGUCUUUUUUCUUAUGUCAAUAUUACCUCAAGUAUGCUACUUAACCUCUCCGCACGUGAUUCUAGAAUUUUCUGAUUCAAGAUUCAAAAUAUUGAAUCGAUAAAUCACGUUCAGUUGACGUUUGGUCAGUGGUAAAACCAUAUAUUAACACAUCAUGGGCAGGUGUGUAAACAAUACAACGAAGAAAAAAAAGCCUGCACACUGUAAUAUUAUAUCUGUAAUAUCAUACAGCCUUUCGGUCAAAGACUUUCUUCAGGCACCCUUUACAUUUUUUUGAUGGGGAAGGGAAGUAGGCAGUAUCACUAUACAGUGUUGGAUUUAUUCGAGAAGUUUCUCCAUUGACGCUGGCAAUAUGCUCAACUGAAACAGAGAAGGUGGUGGACACCCUCCUGUUGGCAUUAACUGAAAUUAUUUUUACACUAAAGCUUCAUGUCAAACCAUUUUGUUCUAAUUCACAAAAGAACCUCUGAUGACAGCAAAUUAUUCUAAGUUCCUCACUUUCUUUUUAGAUGUAAGUGUUUGCUAGGCCUAAAUCUAUAUUUUACGAUAUGAAUGUACUCCAUUAAAAUGUUUUAUUACUGUUCACAUAUAUUUAAACAUUUUCCUAUUCUCAUUUACUUCUGAAGUAAGUCUGAAGCCUUCAUUAUGUGGCGUUUUCAUGGGUGUGGGUUAUGAAAAUUGUGAAUGAACGUGCACGCGCAAUAUAUUUAAGAAUGUUUAGAAUUCACUAACUUAGACAAGUUGUACUAAAAAAUUUGGUGAGAACGAAGCACGCAAAUUACUCGAAAUGUACUCAUAUAUUUAUGAAAGUUUCAUGAAUGAGGCCCAAUGUCUUUCAUCUCAUCUUUCAUCUUUAUUUCACUAUAAAAAUUUAUCUUUUCAUGUUUACUGAGGUGAUUUCACUCUGAAUGCUCCUUUUAUCAGUUAUUAAAUACCUGUAACAUUCAUAACAUUAAGCAUUACCCAAUCAUCUGGUUUGUGGCAGAUACUUGCAUACAUGUCAUAAGCAUAUGCGGCAAUGUUUACCUGCAAAAUGUCUAUACAUGCAUUACCUUUCUUAAUUGUUCAUCUCACUUUUCCAAACAAAUCAGAGUAAAAUGCAGCCAAAAGUUUCAAAUUUAACAAGCAGAUCUAUAAUGUGAAAUUGACAUCAGACUCUAGCCUGAAGCUAACAACUUAGAGUAGGUUGAGAUCAUUUUUAAUGUUUUAAAUGGAACAAAUUCGGGAAGUUUCAUAUUUGACACAUGGUCUAUCGCUACAGUUGAUAAUGGACUCAUGAAAUGUUGGAUACCUGCGGAUUUUGCGAAAGGUCUUUAAUAACAUGGUAGUGAUUGCUUGCUUGAGCUACUCCUUACUUAAGGCUGUCAAUCAUCUGUCACAUUAUAAGGCCUGCCCCACCCCUUUCAUAACUCUCCAGGCAUCUGCCAAAUACAGAUCAGCUGGAGACAAGCACUUAUGAUGAGUCCAGCCUUGGACACCUCCUAAUUUACCCUCAUAAAUGAAGAGAGCAUGUACACUCAUGUGUCUGUGUGUCCUAGACUGGUGUUUAACCUACCAUGGGGGUGGCAGCCCACUCAGCAUGAGUGAACACCACGCACUUCUUCUCCUCCAUCGCCUCCACCUCUCUGCCUUUGUCAGAGUUAGUGGAGAGCGUGGAGCUGAGAAGAAAACAAAGAAGAUUCCAAGUGUCCCUGAUGAGCACAAGGUCAAGGUCACUUCCCAAUUACCCAUGUCUUUCAUUUUCAUUCUGUAUUUUCAGUUCUCUAUACCAUCUCUCUGUUCCCUCAUUUUCUCGUUCACUAGGCGGGAAUGUAAUCGUUCUCUCCCAUGCUGUGGUGUCGAGGUUAAGUGGAGGUGAUCAUGUCUCCUUGUGGAAGGAGUGGUUCCUUGAGAGACAGCAGACUUCUGGAGUGUCAUAUCUGAGAAGUGGAAUUGCAGUUAAGACAAAGGCUUGGUUUGACUCUAGCAGCCCGAAUUCAGUCAUUUGCUCUGUACUUGAUCAUCUACAAAGCAUUAUACCAUUGGGUUGAUUUUCACUGUUUAGAGUAGAAAAUUAAAAGCUGAAGGCCUCUGUAUUUACUUAACGAACACGUUCACAUUAUUUAAACAUGUAUACAAACAAUUAGAUAUAAAUUAUAUCAAAUUUGACCCUCUUAGCAUUAAAAAUGAAUGACUUGGAAAUUAAAUGUACAUGUACACAUGAAAAAGAUAAAACCUACUGUAAGCAGCCUGCUUAAAUCACAUUUUCAUUAACCCACAGAUUUCUGAGGAAGGAUAUUCUAGCUCUUCUAGAUUAUAAUUUUACCAUUUAUCUUACAGUGCCUCUGUACUAAGCACAAUGCUCCUGUUCUUUGAUUUGGAGAUGACAAAAUUUCUCAACAUUGUUUUCAUCAUUUUUGUACUCAUAAAUACCUACAAUGUGAAUCAGGAUUGCCACUUCUGAAUUGGUACUUUCCUUGUCAAUUAAAUGCAUUGUCAUUAUCACUAAGUGAUAAUUAACUUAUGUGCAUCAUUUGACUCCUUUAUUUGUAUGACAAUGUUUUGUUUUUUGUUUUGUUUUUAAAAUGCUGUUGUUUAAAUAAAGUGCAUU